AUGCCUUCAGAGUCAGAGCUUUCUUCAUUGUCGUCGGCACCUCCGACAGACGAUGAAGCUGCCAUGGAGAUCGAUCAGCCGACUGGGAUCGCAAAGUACUUCAAGAAGGAGUCGGAGACGCCGCCGCCGAAGCGGGAGCCAUCACCACCGCACGAAUACGUCGUAGCUGACAACCCUGAUAUUGCCUUCAUCGUCGCGUUUCGCGCGCGUUUCCAUGAAGUGUUCCCCCGAGGAGUGCCACAUUACGGCCCACAAGAUAUUGAAAAGGGGAUUGAGGAGGCUCCGCCUGGAGAAUAUAUCGAAAGACUUCUAUGCGCAUUACUUGGACUAGUUCUGAAUCGUAAGAAGGAAGUUGAAAGAAACCACUACACACGUCCUCUGGAGGAAGCAAUUCAUACACAUCAGUCUCAGUGGCCAAAAGAAUGGGAGGGCAAGAACCCACUUCAUGGUGGUCGCAGCUUUGCGACCAUGUCCCCGGUAGAACGGCUACGUUUGUUGAGAGCCUUGAUACUUUGGUCACUUUCAUCGUCUGAAGCGGUCCAGGCGAAGAUAAAGGAAUCCUAUAAGCAGGCUCGCCACGAUGACGAUCUCAACCAACCUUUGUCUGUCCAACCUUGGGGUCGGGAUGGCUUGAAGCGCCGGUAUUGGCUUAUUGAGGGGCACGAUGAUACGAAUUUCCGACUCUACCGCGAAAGUAACCCAGCUCUAAAGCACAACACUUGGUGGAGUGUUGCGGGAAAUAUUCCUGAGCUGGAAGCCGUUGCAGAGAAACUCGAGAGCGAAAAAGGAACCAAUUCCAAGAAGCUCAGCGAGAGGAUUCGCGCUUCGAUCCCCCGAUUCGAGGCAUCAGAAGAGAAACGGAAACGUCGCGACUACCGCCUCGCGAGAAAAGCUGCAUUCACUCGUCCGGAUCCUGGUUUCUCCAUGUACGAAGGUCGCACCCGCGGCAAGAAGCUGAAAUAUACAUAUUCAGAUGACGAGGACGUAUUCUCCGAUGACCAGCCUUCCACCCGUCGAUCCACUAGGAAUGCUGCUCCUACAGAAGCUUCCACGGAGUCUCGACGGCCUCGAUUCACAGCAAGUGGGAGGCAGAUUCGGUCUCGCGCUGGGGGCCUCUAUGGUGAGGCUUUGCUCUCUGGGCAACGUGAUGAGGUUGAUGAUGACGAGUUCGAUGAGGACGGCGAAGAAGUAAGCAGGCCCCAGAGGGCUCGGACUUCAACUCACCCAAAUGGAUACUCUGGGUACGGCGCGGAUGAUAUGGAAGAUGCGUCUGAAGUCCAUUCAAGUGCAGAUGAUAGUGGCAACGAAUGGCGAGGCGUUGAUGAUGACUUAGAGCACGACUUUGAGGGCGAUGAUGAAGGGGAAGAAGCCAGCGGAGAUGACUCAACUGACAAUGAGGAACCAGAAAGCCUUGUUGUGCAGCUUCGAUAUGGCAAGGGAGAUGCAUCUAGCAAUCCUGAGGUCCAGAUUGACAAACCGCCCCCUACUGAUGACAUCGAAAUGAAAGAUGCUGGAGAAUCAGCACCAGCUGCUUCCGCUCGAGCACUGCAGACAAGCUUUCCUCAUCAACCAGACUCGGAUGCUCAGCAGGUCUCGACCAUGACUGUACCUUCUGUUCCAGUAUCUCAGAGGCCAACUCAGGUUGCACCUGCUCAAGCUGCGCCGUCUGUUUCUUCCGCUCCAAUUUUCCAAGGGGAUAGUGUACAGAGAGCACUGGCUACGCAUUCUAUUUCAAUGGCUCCAGCACCUGCAGAUGAUAAGCCCGAAGUGUCGAAGCCUCGUCACCAGACCGAGCCAAACGGAGUCAAUUAG